AUGACAACCUGGUGGAGAAAGACCUCCAACUAUCUCUCAUCCAAGUCCAAUUUCUUCAUCGUCACGGGUGGCAUCGUCGGCGGCGCUUAUCUCGUCUCACAGUAUGCCAUCUCCAAGUUCCAGCAAGUACAGGAGAAGCUGGUCAACGACAAGAACGCAAAGGAGAAUCUGCGUCGGAGGUUCGCCCAGAAUCAGGAGGAUUGUACUUUCACCGUACUCGCCCUGCUCCCGACGUUAGGCGAUCAGCUAUUCUCAAAGCACAAUGUCGAGCAGCUGACCGAAAGCUUGCGCACACAAGCGGCUCCUGCUCCCGCGCCCGCACCGCCUGCACUCCAAACUUCCAACCACUCCGAAUCAACAGAAUCACCUCAUUCUUCGCAGCAGUACACUGAACCAGCACAAGAUGAUUCGCAAGCAGCUUCGACUGCAACAGCCGCCUCUCCGACCGAGCAGGAGCCAGCAUCCGUGGCCAUCGGACCGAUUGACGCACCAUCACCACAGCUCAAUCCUUUGGCGAAAUCGUUCGUUCCCGGUAACCCUGAUGCAUCUGUUCCUCAGCCUGUCCUUGUCGCGAAUGGAACCGGGACGACAUCACACGCUGAGGCCAACACCAGUCAGACCGACGCCGUGAUUGUCGACGGACCGAAAGAAGCAGAUACUGCCGAAGCGAUGGAGGCCAACUCGACACCGCACGCAGCUUCGGAACCGGUGGAAUCCGUCGUUCAGACCGAAGCGAUCCAGGAUGCACCCAUUCAAGUCAAGGCAGAACCCUCACAUACGGACGCACAAGAGCAACGCAACAAGAUCCUCGCAGACCGACAGUCCAAACUACGACUUUGGAACGAUCUCAAGCUCACCGCCUUCACUCGCACCAUCACCUCGCUCUACUGUGUCGUCCUCUUGACCCUUCAGACUCAUAUGCAGCUCAACCUUAUCGGCAGGUUCGCCUACCUCACCUCCGUCGAAGCUUUGGCUCGCGAAUCUGACGACCCAGAGAGCGCGCAAGCUUUCUCGUCCAAUCCUGCCCGCGGCCUCGAUCACGACACCGAACGCCUCUAUCUCACCUUCAGUUGGUGGUUUCUCCAUCAGGGCUGGGAUCAUUUGUCCGAUCGUGUCUCGACUGCCAUCGAAAAGACCUUCUCCCCGCUCUCGGUCAAAGCACAGCUCUCCAUGGCGGACCUCAGAGCACUUCUCAACGAUGCGCGCUACAUCAUUGAGCAUGACUCUGCCAAUGCCUCCACCUCUCUCGACGAGCAACCGUCUUGGAAGCGCUCCAACUUCUUGGACGUCCUCUUCCCCAACUCUAUCGAUCAAGAGGUUGACGUUCUUGUUGGCGCAGGCGCACUCGAUGCAGACGAGGCUCACUAUUCUCUCCAGACCAACCACAAGUUGCGUGCUCUCCUCGACGAGACAAAGGACAUUAUCGAGUCCCGAGACUUUGGCUCCAUCCUCGCUCUAUGCAUCGACCGCGUCUUCGAGACCUUCUUCGACAGUCUCAAUCCCACUUUCGGUAUUCAACAGUCGGGCAGGAUCGACGCUUCCAUCCAGGUCGAGCCCGUGUCUGCUCUCGAGUCGCGCUUCCAGGAGAUCACCGACGAGAUGCAACACGGCAAGAGGAUCCGCUUGGCCUCUCUCUUCCCUCUGGUCUCGCGGCAGAGUCAGAUGGCCAUUCGUGGCGUGCCCAACGAGUACAUCGAGACUCUGGCAGACUCCAAGGAACUCAGAGCGUUUUCGGCAGUGUUGUACGCAGCAUGGUCCUCUUUGUAA